ACGCAGAAUUGCCUCAUUGCGCGAAGGACCUCCCUGCUUUCACUCCUACUACUUUUCAUUUACAUCACACACUGAGAAAGUCAUGAGCUAAAACCAUCACCGUCUGAGGGUAGAAACUGCCAUGAUUCACAAAGACAAGUUUCCUGUCAUCACAAGAUGACUCAGCAUUUCUUGGGGGCGGCCACGUUCCCAGGAUGGAUCAUGAAGCCGCCCAGCUGGAAAAGCAGCACGUACACGAUGUAUAUGAGGGCACCGCACCGUACUUCAGUGACCUGCAGAGCAAAGCCUGGCCUCGCGUCCGCCAGUUCCUCCAGGAGCAGAAGCCGGGCAGCCUCAUCGCUGACAUAGGUUGUGGGACUGGAAAAUAUCUCAAAGUGAACAGCCAGGUGUAUACCCUGGGCUGUGACUACUGCGGGCCACUGGUAGAGAUUGCCCAGAGUAGAGGAUGUGAAGUCAUGGUGUGUGACAACCUUAACCUCCCCUUUAGGGAUCAGGGCUUCGAUGCCAUCAUCUCCAUAGGAGUCAUACAUCAUUUUUCUACAAAACAGAGGAGAAUCAGAGCAAUAAAAGAAAUGGCCAGAGUCUUAGUUCCUGGAGGCCAGCUGAUGAUUUACGUUUGGGCCAUGGAACAAAAGAACCGGCGCUUUGAGAAGCAAGAUGUGCUCGUCCCGUGGAACAGGGCCUUAUGCUCCCAGCUCUUCUCCGACUCCAGCCAGCCUGGCAGAAAGCAGCAGUGUGGACACCCAGAAAGAAGCCAUCCCUACCAUCCUCCGUGUUCUGUCUGUAGCUGCUCCGGUUGUUUUAAAGAGCAAGGUCAUUCCAAACGGUCCCACAGCAUGGACUAUGAACCGAUGAUGGCCGGGGCCUGUUGUGCAAAUAUUUCUCAGGAAGGAGAGGAAGAAAAUGGGUUCUAUAACACUUUUGGAAAAUCUUUUCGUUCCUGGUUUUUUUCUAGGUCUUUGGAUGAAUCAACUCUGAGGAAGCAGAUUGAGAGAGUGAGGCCCCUGAAAAGUACAGAGGGUUGGGCCAACAGCACUAUCUCGAUCCAGCCUUCCAGACACUCCAGUUUAGACUUCGAUCACCAAGAGCCAUUUCCAACAAGAGAACAAACUUUAGAUGAAGACGUGUUUGUGGACACUUCACAAAAACAAGUGGAGUGGCUGAGAGCACCAGCCACAAAGAAACCUCUGCACGAAGACCAGCAAGGAGGAGUUAGGAGAAAUGGGGAUGGGAAUUUUCUGGAAAGCAUCAAUACCAAUGUGAAUCGUGUGAAUGCAGGUGAUGUAGAGGAAGGUAACCCUUCUAGUAAAAUACUGAAAAGGAUUUCUGCGGCCGACUCCACAGAUUCCAACCCAGAUGACACAAUUUCUGUCGAAGAACAGCAGCCCAUUUCAGAUUCCAGAGCCUUUAUGCGCUAUUACCAUGUGUUUCGAGAGGGUGAGCUCUAUGGUCUGCUGAAGGAGAAUGUGUCAGAGCUGCAUAUUCUGAGUUCUGGGAAUGAUCAUGGCAACUGGUGUAUCAUUGCUGAGAAAAAGGACAAUUGCUAUUGACUAGAUCAUUUUAGACAAUUCCUCCAAAAAGUGGACCGUGGUCUCUUCACAGGGCCUGGUAUGGUUACCUGAACUUGCAUCCAACUUUAUUAUUUUUAGUGCAUUUUUGCUUUGGUUUGUAGAGAUGAUGAAUUGAUCAUCUUUUAACUCUUUGGAUGAACAGAGUCUGGCAUGUAAAGCAUUUGACAAAGGCUAUUCAUAAAUUAUUAACAUAAGAGAAAAGCAGCAGCAGUAUUAAAAUGAACUUCAAAAUGGUUAGGAAUUUCUUUUCCCUGAAAGGUGAAAUUAUGAUAAGGAUACAUGUAUAUCAUUUUUCAGUAUU